AUGCAGUCCCUCCAGGAGCUGCUUGGCAACCUCGGCACCCUCCAAACGGCGCCGGUCAAGGACGCCCGGCUGUCGUUCUCCUUUACCGGCCAGGGCUCUUUCUACAGCGGCAUGGGCGCGGGACUGUACCACACGCUGCCCUCGUUCAGCUCCACGCUGGACGCGUUUCAGGAGCUGUGCGAUGCUCAGGCCCUCGGCCGGUUCCUCGACCUCAUCGACGUGGCGACGGCAACGGCGUGCCAGACGCAGCUCGCUCUGGCGGCGCUCAAGGCCGCCAUCGCCCAUCUGCUCUCGUCUCUGGGCUUGCAGCCGACUCUGGUCAUAGGUCACUCGCUGGGCGAGUAUGCGGCACUCCACGUAGCGGGUGUGCUCUCCGUCAGCAACAUGCUAAAUUUCAUCCACACGCGCGCCUCGCUGAUCCAGGAGACCUGCACGGCACACGCGUACUCGAUGCUGGCGGUGGCAAUGUCACGCAAAGCCGCCGCCGACAUGCUCCACGGGUCCGACUGCCAGACGUGCGAGGUCGCUUGCAUCAACGGACCGACCAUGACGGUCAUCAGCGGCAGCAAUGAGGAACUCGCCGUGUUGCAGUCGACGCUGCGAGAUCGGGGCGUCCAUGCGUCGCUGCCCAAGCUCCAACACGACUUCCACUCAAGCCAGCUCGAGCCGCUUCUUGAGCGCUUCGAAGAGGCGGCGAGCAAGGUGCACUUCAGCGCGCCCCGCAUCCCCGUCGCGUCUACUUUGCUCGAUGAGGUCGUUCGCGCUGGCGACGCUGACGUCUUUGAUGCAGCGUACCUCCGCUGCCAGAUGCGCGAGCCGGUCGACUUCCUCGGCGCAGUGCGCGCGUGCGAGGCUCGGAAGCUGCCCCAGGCGAACACAUUGGCCCUCGAACUCGGCCCUCAUGGCAAAAUCCGGCACCAACAGGGAGAUGGCCACCUUGUAUGCUCUCCAUCAGGGCCAGGACGGCUUUGGAAGCUUCUCGCAGUGCCUCGCCGCGCUCCAUGUGGCAGGCCUACCCGUCGACUGACGCGAAUACUACCGGGACCUUGA